AUGUCUCCCUCCUCCCUUUCUCUCUCCCUUUCUGCUGUAGGUACCUACCAGGGUCAGUGGACUGGUGGAAUGCGCCAUGGCUACGGCGUGCGUCAAAGUGUUCCGUACGGUAUGGCCUCUGUCAUCCGCUCACCCCUACGCACCUCGCUGUCUUCCCUCCGCAGUGAGCAGAGUAAUGGUACAGUACUGCGUGACAGCCUGUCUGACAGCCCUGCUGGUACACGCGGUGGCUUUGUACUCAACUUCCACUCAGAUGGAGAAGGUUCAGAGAAGAAGAAGGGUCUUUUUCGCCGUGGCUCCCUCUUCGGGAGCCUUCAGCGAUUGCGCAAAUCAGACUCACGCUCAUCAAUUUCCAGUAAGCGCAGCUCAACACACAGUGACACCACCAUGAGCCGCAUCAGUUCAAGCGACGCCAACUCCACAAUUAGCUUCGGAGACGGAGACCCAGGCGAUGACUACCUGCCUCUAGAGGACAGUGUGGAUGCCACCACCACCGAGUCAUACAUGGGCGAGUGGAAGAAUGACAAACGCAGUGGCUUUGGUGUCUCCGAGCGCUCCAACGGCAUGAAGUACGAAGGUGAGUGGUUGAACAAUAAGCGCCAUGGCUACGGCUGCACGAUCUUUCCUGAUGGUACCAAGGAAGAAGGCAAGUACAAGAACAACGCACUUGCCCGGAGCAUCAGGAAACAGCUGAUCCUGCUGAAGAACACCAAGACCAAACAGAAGGUGGAUCGAGCCAUAGAGGGAGCAGUGAGGGCAGCAGCUAUCGCCAGAACCAAAGUAGAGAUUGCCAUUUCCAGGUAAAAUGUCCCGU